AUGACGGAUAACUUCGAGGAAUUAGCUGAAAUGACAUCGAAGGCCAUACCUAAAGAUCCCAAUAAAUGCAACAAUCAAAUCUUAAAGCGUAUUGAAAAAUUGGCCCUUGCUAAAGAGCAUCAAGAAAAGGUGUCUGCCUCAAUCGCAACAGCUACUGAUGGUAUUGAAGAGCUCCUAGACAAAUUACGAUUUGAAUGCAAAAAUAAGCAAUACGAAUGUGAGACUUUGGAAAAUAAAGUCAGGGAUAUUGAACACAAACAACAAAAACUUGUGACGGAGUCUUCUAAGCAGGAUGUUCAACUUAAGAAAAAGCUCUCCAAAUUAAAAGCCCAACUCGAGAUGUAUGAAAGUGUUCUAGAAGUUGGAAUUGAGGAUUUGGACAAUGGAAGGCUCAGGGAUCGGGGCGACAAAUCGAGUGGAGAUAACAAGGAGAACAAUACCGUUGAGUCCCGACAACGGUAUGCUGAAGUAAGUGCCUUUUACAACUAG